GUUUAGUGUGACCUUUUCCUUACCAAAACCUCUGGCAAAGAACGGCGAGUCUGUAAUUAAGCAUACCAAACAAUAAAAUAGGUAUUUAUACUAUGUUCUAUUUUUAACAAGAUGGUUAUACAAACUCCUUUUCAACCCCCUCUUUAUUUUAAGUAUAAGUACGUCAAAUUUAUAUAUACUCUUUCUUUUUCCCUUUUUUUGUUAUCUUAAUUUUCCAAUCGUUUACAAAAAAUAAUGUCAUUACAGGAUAUCUCUAUCGAUUUGGAUGAUCUUUCAUUUGAAGUACCUCGUCGUGCCAACAACAAAAAUUUUGGUGGAUCAAUCUACAAGGAAGUUGUGCCACCAGCGAUCACUGUACAAAGAGUUCCAAAGCCCCGUAAUAGACCUUGUAUUCCAAGCGAUGAUGAAGACUCUGAUGAGGACGACGAAGACGAUGACCAAAGUAUUUUAAGCUCUGAAGAAAAUGAUUUAGGUCCUUCUCCUCGUGUCCAAUCUGCACUGAGAUCUAAUACUCCUGUCGUCGUAUCAACUACAGCAAAAAAACCUGUUCGCAAAAGCCAGCCGUUACCUAGUGACGAUGAGGAUUCGGAAGAUGAUGAUGAUGAUGAUGACGGGGAAGAGGAACAAAGAAAUCAGAAUGCUGUAUCUAAAAAGAACAAUCAAAGAAAUAUGCAUCACUCUGCAUACCAACCUGUGCAAGUCAAUACUCCUGUUAUUGUAGAAGAAGAGCAAGAAGCAGAUGAUGAUGAUAAUGAGGCAUUACUAGCAAACCGCGACCCAAAUGCCGGUCCUAUUUUAACGCUUGUGGAAGGAAGUCAUCUCCAGCAACUUCAUCAAAUGCAACAAUAUCAUCAAGCGAAGUUAGCUUUAUUUCAACAUCAAAUCCAGCCGUCAAAAUCAAAUUCUGCUAACAUGAGACGUCAACAGCAUGGCAAUGGUAGAACAAUGUCGGGUAUGGAUUUAUUGAAGCAGCUCGAACAAGAAAAAGCCGAUGCGAAAAGAAUCAAACCAAAGCAGCAGCAACAACAAGCAUAUCAUUAUAAUCAGCAAAGUAGAUCACCUUCACCUAUCAAUCAUAGAUCAUUGUCACCUAAUCAUAAUAGAUCGCCCUCACCUAAUACAAGAAGUCAACCUAAUAGAAAUAUGGACCAUCGUGGUCUUCAACAACCUUCAUAUUCUCAAUAA